GCUCCGCGCCGCUCGCCGUGUUAUGCGGGAGCGCUCCCGCCUCCGGGGCCGGCGAGAGGCGGGCGACAGCGGCAGCAACGCGGGCGGGGAGGCGGCGCCCCAGAGAGAGCGGCGGGGGGCCCCGGUCGCGGGCAGCGGCCGCACGCCGGCGAUGGAGGAAGGGGCAGCAGACCUGCGACAGAGAAAGAAGGAAAACUGCACAGAAUCUGACAAAAUGGCUCCAGAGGAGAGAAACAAAGAAAACUCAAAGCUGGGAAGAUCGCCAAAAUACGUGUUAAUUCAGCGCUUUGUGAAACUUUUCUUUGGCUGCCUGGCAGCGGUCACUAGUGGAAUGAUGUACGCUGUGUACCUCUCAACAUAUCACGAACGGAAAUUCUGGUUUUCCAGCAGGCAGGAGCUUGAACGAGAAAUUACAUUUCAGGGGGACAGUGCCAUUUAUUACUCAUUCUACAAAGAACUACUAAAGGCUCCUUCCUUUGAAAGAGGUGUUUAUGAGUUGACACACAACAAUAAGACAGUAUCACUGAAGACAAUAAAUGCAGUCCAGCAAAUGACUUUGUACCCAGAGUUGAUUGCCAGUGUUUUAUAUCAAGCAUCUGGUAGCGAAGAAGUUAUUGAACCAGUGUAUUUCUACAUUGGUAUAGUUUUUGGACUGCAGGGAAUUUAUGUGACUGCAUUGUUUGUAACCAGUUGGGUUAUGAGUGGGACUUGGCUGGCAGGAAUGCUGACUGUAGCAUGGUUCAUUAUUAACAGGACAGAUACAACAAGAAUUGAUUACUCCAUACCAUCAAGGGAAAACUGGGCUUUGCCAUAUUUUGCAUGUCAAGUAGCAGCUCUCACAGGCUAUUUAAAAAAAAACCUAAGUUGCUCUGCUGAGAAGUUUUGUUACCUCUUGGUCAGUGCUUCAACAUAUACCUUCAUGAUGAUGUGGGAAUACAGUCAUUAUCUCCUGUUUGUCCAGGCUGUUUCUCUUUUUCUGCUAGACAGCUUUGCCCUGGCACAGACAGAGAAGGUGCAUGAAGUAUACAAAAUCUACUUGUUGUCUCUCUUCUUGGGAUACCUUUUGCAGUUUGAAAAUUCAGCCUUACUAGUGUCACCAUUACUGAGUCUUGUAGCAGCUUUAAUGCUCUCUAAAUGCCUUCAGAUGAAUAUGAAGAAGGGUACAUUUAUGUCAAGAUUGCUGAAAGUAAUGUACAUUUAUUUGGUACUUACAGUCACAGUGACACUAAACUUCUUACUAAAGAUGUUUGUUCCUUAUAAAGAAAAUGAGCAUUUGCUGAAGUUCAUUGAAGUAAAACUUGGCUUAAACACAACUAAGAAUUUUACAAUGAAUUGGCUCCUUUGUCAAGAAUCUCUUCAGGCGCCCUCCCAAGACUUUUUUUUGCGACUAACACAGUCAUCACUGUUGCCUUUCUAUAUUUUAGUAUUAAUUAUCUGCUUUUUCUCUGUAACUCAGGUCAUUAUUAGGAGAAUUUGUGGUGAACCACUGAAAGAGACAGUUAAACUUGAGGAUGGUCGAAUUGGAGAGAGGCCAGAAAUAGUUUAUCAUGUAAUUCACACAAUUUUACUUGGUUGUCUAGCGAUGUGUUUGGAAGGAAUUAAGUAUCUAUGGACACCUUAUGUUUGUAUGCUUGCUGCAUUUGGUGUGUGUUCUCCUGAACUAUGGAUGACGCUUUUCAAGUGGCUUCGACUGAAAGCUGUGCACCCAAUAUUGCUGGCUCUUAUUCUGAGUAUGGCUGUUCCCACAAUAAUUGGAUUCAGCUUGUGGAAAGAAUUUUUCCCUAGGAUAAUGACAGAGCUUUCAGAACUACAAGAAUUCUAUGAUCCUGAUACAGUAGAACUUAUGACGUGGAUAAAACGACAGGCUCCUGUGGCUGCUGUGUUUGCAGGCAGCCCACAGUUAAUGGGCGUGAUCCGGCUCUGUACUGGAUGGAUGGUGUCGAGCUUGCCUUUGUAUAAUGAUGAUGAUCUUCUAAAAAGAAAUGAAAAUAUUUAUCAGAUCUAUUCAAAGAGGUCAGCAGAGGAUAUUUAUAAGAUUCUCACAUCUUACAAAGCCAAUUUUCUGGUGAUUGAAGAUUCGAUUUGCAAUGAAGUGGGACCUGUAAGAGGAUGUAGAGUUAAAGAUCUGUUGGAUAUUGCUAAUGGUCAUGUGGUUUGUGAGGAAGGUGACAGCUACACCUACUCAAAGUAUGGACGAUUUUGUCAUGAAAUCAAGAUGAACUAUUCUCCAUAUGUGAAUUAUUUUACUCGAGUAUACUGGAAUAGAUCCUACUUUGUAUAUAGAAUCAACACUGUGAUAUCCUUCCAGUCCUGAAAAGUCACGCAGGCUUCUUUCUGAGGAUUAAUUGUGAAUGAAAUUCAGUUGGAAAAGCUACUUUUGAUCAAGGAAAUUCCUUUUGCAAAUACAUGUGCACACAUGCAGUGUAUUGACAACUUUAUUUCACCAAACUGGAAUUCUUUGAACCGUGACUCAACAGACACGGAUACGAUACCAUCCUUGAAGGGAACGGGAAAAUUUGUCAAUUUUACAGUCUCUACAAAGUGUGACAGUCUUCCACGUUUUUGCUUUUUUUCCUCCCAUUAUAAAUCACCUUAAUCUUCAUGCAAAUGAGAUUUCUAACUUCAGUGUUAGAGAGCUGAUGUGGAUAGACUUCAGUAAAUGCAGAAAAACUAUUGAAAGAAUUCAUUUAAGUCGUAUAGCUUUUAUUUUCUAGCAAGAAAGCAAUUGCUGUCCUGAGUCUUUUCAAGUAAGCGUUGGGUUUUUUUUUUGGUUUAUUGUUGUUUUAAUUCUUCCUGUCUUCCACUGUAAACAUUUCUGUGUUUAUCAGACACAUGCAAACAUCUUAAGUGUAGCUGUAGUGUUUGUGUAAAUCAAAUGAGAAGAUUUUAAUUAAACACCACUUCCACAGGUUAAGGCACUGCUCUCUACAUUGUUAGAGACGUAAGUGGAAGUGCUCGGACUUAGACCCAGCAGCAGCAGUUGACAAGGUCAGAUCUUCAUUUUGGAAAGAGAUUUUCAUUGGGAUUUUUCCACACUUUUAAUGUGGGGAGUGAGGGUGAGGUGCGUGCAUCUGCCUGUCAUAGCAGCCAUCAGAAUGGGCCAGUACACAACAGUAUGCCAUGCUUGUUUUUGACAGGUGUAGCAGGACAGCUUGGUUUGUUACUGAUACUUGGGCACUUCUGUUUUGCCCCCUCUGCAUGUGUGCUGGUGUGUGUGUGUGGUGAGGGGCAAGUGUUAAAGCAUUUCAUUCAACUUACUAUGUGAUAGUUAUAUUAAGAUACUACCAAAACUGUAGUUUAAAACACUAUAAUUGCCGCCAUUGAUACAUAAUGGUGCAGUUCUUAGCUAUUUUUAGAUCAAUUAUGCAACUACACUGACAUCUUUGAAAAUUUGGGAAAGUGCUCUGCAAUCUUGCUUCCCUCUAAAAUUUGUCUUCCUUAUAUGACUCCCUUUGUCUCUACGACUAUUUUUCUUAUCAAAUUAUCUGUUCAUCCUGUUUCUCACUGGCUGAUACACUUUCAAGAGAAUGAAUGAUGCUUUAAUUCCAACUCUGGACCUAAUCCCGGUGUUGUGAGUGGAAAAUCCAAUAGAAGUUAAUCAUAGUAUCAUCACAGAAUCAUAGAAUGGCAGGUGUUGGAAGAGAUCUUUAGAGAUCAUCUAGUCCAACCCCCCUGCAGAAGCAGGUCCACCUAGAUCAGGUCACGUAGGAACAUGUCCAGGCAGGUUUUGAAGACCUCCAAGGAAGGAAACUCCACAACCCCUCUGGGCAGCCUGUGCCAGGGCUCCCUCACCCUCACAGUGAAAUAGUUUUUUCUUAUAUUUUCUUAUGGAACUUUUUGUGUUCCAGCUUCAUCCCAUUACCCCUUGUCCCGUUAAUGAUAACUUUGCUUACAUAGGUGUAGUUGGACAAAAAGCCAGGAUGUAUGUUUUGGAAGAGAUUAUUCACUCAUUAGUUGUUACCUGCAGUAAUGGGUAUGUGUAACACCUGGCCCAGAGACCAGUCUAUCAGGCAUGUGGGAAUGAUUCUUUGGAGGCCAGAUGCCUUUUAAGGAAGGAUCUGACUUAGUAGUGUGAACUUUGAACUGAAAAAUCUACAAACUGUUUUGCAGAUGAGAGCUGCAGAAUGAUCCUGACCACGCUUGUCGAUUACCUACCAGUUCAGAGGUUUUUAACUCUGACGUUAUUGGGAGCUGCAGCGUGUGUUGGUGUAUAUGCAUGAAUCUUACCUGCUGUACACUGAUCAGUUUGCUUACUUUAACAGUGCUGAGAUGUUUUUAAAACUGGUUAUCACUGUUGGAGUGAUUUCAAAGAAAAAAAGCUUUUACUGUUGCAAAAGUCAACAUGUCAGUAAUCUUUUGGGGUUUUUAACUUUCAGUUAUAUUUUUAGGCCUAUUGGUCUUGACAAGGUGUUAAAUUAUGCAUUUAAUUCAAAACCAAUGUUCAGAUAAAUCCAUAGAAUGUACUGGAUGUGAUCAUUGUGAGAAACAUCAGUAUAACUGAGUUACAAGUUAAAAGCAAAUAUCCUUUCUGGGGAUAUAGUCGUCAUGUUGAGGGUAGUAUGUUUGUGUGUCUCUGGCCAAAUGCCAUCUGCAUUUGUUUAUUGUUUAGAGUUCUUAUACAAUUUAAGUUUGUCUGAAUCACUCUCAAGGAAUUACAUGUCUAUGUCAGUCAUUUAUUCACCUGAAGUUAAUCAUUCAUGAAUAUCACUUCAUAACAGCAAUAAGGCAUUCCAGGUAGCAGACUUCAGGGUUACAACUGCACUUGGAUGGGUGAAGUCGCACAGCUCACGGCUCCGUGCCUUAGACUGCCAUGCCAAGAUGCAAUAUUUAACUGUCUUCAACCGCCUGUUGUGUUUUACUGCAGUGCUGCCUGUAUGUGUCACUACACAGAAUGUAGCUUGAGUACUUACAUGUAGAACAUGCAUGUUAAGAAACAACAUCCAUACAUUUGAGGAAAACUGUCUGUAGCAUGUUGGCCUUUACACAUGUUUAAACAAACAUGUUGAAGUUUCUUUGAACUGUGAUAUAGUUGUUACUAUUGGUUUUGUCAUAGUUUUUAAGAUCUAUUCUUGAUACUUCAAUUGAUUCUGCUUUAGAAGAAUCAUUUACGAUUUUUACCUUGCUUUUUAUAUUAGAGAAAAUUGUAUUGCAGCAGCAUUGGCACAGCAGCCUUAAAGUAACAGAAGGAGCCUUUUACAUGGGAGAAACAUUGCUGUUGUUCCAGUAAAAAAGCAUCAUUUUAAAAUGGGUGAGUGGAAGAGUCAUAUCUUACAGAGAAAAUUGUGGGCUUCGAUUUCUUAUCCAGCUAUGGAUUAGCAAAAAUAUUGUCUAUUCUAAUCUCCACCUUCUGUGAAAGACAAACAGUAAGUUUCAUGGUACCACUCAGAAGGACAACAGGGCUUAAUUACAUCAGACUUGUACACACCACCCAAGCUUGGUUUUCAACCAGGUUGUGGGUUUUAACUCCGUGAAAGGACUGGGGGAAUAUCUUUCAAAUUUUGAUCUGCUUUGCUGUAGAUGUUGCAAUUCAGUUGAAACAUGUGCCUUGCAACUUUUAUGAAACAAACAAAAGACUCAAUUUGUGUUUCUUUUUAUGAUUUUUUUAAACCCUCUUGUCCCUCUGAUUUCUGGAGCUUCCCUUGUGUCUUAAUGCCCCAACCUCUGAGGGUACGUGGUGCAGCUGGGAUGUAUGCCAGCCAUCUAACAGCUGUUCCCUGGGAGGAGUGAGAAUUUCCCUAGCAAUUUCUGUUGCUGUUUUGCUGACCUCCUUCACAUUUCCAGUUUCUUAUACACUCAAUCUUUGUAAAUGCAAAAAAAUUACCUUGAGAGAUGAGUACAGUGUUUUCAGGCACUCAUCUGUUGCCAUUAGAUUAUGGGUUAAAGUUUAAUCAAACCACAGCUAAACCGACAUGUACAGUUUUGUCUUAAUCUCAGAAAAAAAGCUCUCACUUCCUGAAUUACUGCAUACUUGAACUCAGCUGAUAGGUUUCCCAGGAGAUGUUUGAGACUUAAGGCAUUUCAGAACAUAAGCUUCUAUUCAUAAAUACUGGUUUUAUUUCUUCCAGAGUAAAGGGAAAUACAAUUUAAUACCUUUUCCAUUGGUAGAGUAAGGAGGAGAUACCCAGAAGUGGGAGAGCCAAAAAGUUUAACAGGCAUGGAAAAGUCUUCAAACUAUUUGCUCUCGUGGAAUCACUGUUUACUGAAAGGUAGAAGGUUAGUGACCCAAUGUUGUUCACACCACUUUAUUUUUUCUAAGUCAUCUACAAACGUCCAAAUCUUGUGAACCUUAGUCAGCUUUCCCAUGCAAUUCACAGGGACAGGAGCUGUAAGGCUGAGAUUUAGGGAAUGAAGCACUUCUUAAUGACUGCUAUUAAAUUCACAUAACCUGUCCGUUUACCAAAAAUCCAAGGGCGGAAAGCAUGGGCUGUUGGUGUGAACACGUGGGCUUGCAUGUUGUGUUUGCAUUUGGAGAUGGCCGGUUUACUGUUGCAUUUUGGAGGUGUAAUGAGCAACUUCUGUUAUUGCUGACGGUGGUUGAGUCUAUAAAUCUCCCAAAUGUUGAUGGGCAGGUAGACUGUGGAGUGUUGGAGAUGAAAGAAAAGCUGAGUUUAUUCCAACACAAGCAAUAUUUCAGGUGAAAUAAUACCUCAAAGCAAAUCUGUGUAACCUUGCCUUUAGUACUCUUUUUCAAACCUAGCUUUAGGGGGAAAAAAGAGGGGGAAAAAAAAAAAAGGGGGUGAGAAUUCUAAAACACGGUGGGUGUUAUUUUAGUAAUCAUUUCUGCUUCAUUGUACAGCUUAAAGAAAAUGUCACUGUUACGUUGCUGCACUCUUACUAUGCCAAAUGCAGAGCUAGUGAUGCCUAAAGGUCUUCUGAAUUGUUGAGUACCUCAAUGAGAUGUUUACUUGUGGAAUUAAUCUGGCAUUGUUUUUUAUUUCAGCACAGUUAAAUGUAUGUACUUCUGCCUUUCAAGUGAUGUUUAAGGUUUCCUAUUUAUUUGAUGGAGAGGAGGUGAUUGUUUAAUGCCUUUCAAAGUUUCAAACUUUGUAACUUCAGUAACGCAGAAGAAUUACUGAUGGUGCUUUCCUUGUUAACAGUGACGUUUAGCAGUAGUGUGUAUGGCAUAUGGACAUAUCUAUGUGCAGUUAUUUAAUAACCAGUCUAAGGAAUCCAAUUCCUAUUAUCCUGUUUGUUGUCUUGGACUCUUUUUUAUCAAAAUAAUGUAUACAUAGUAAAUAUUUUUCUCUUGUGACAAACUCUUUUUUUUCUGUGAAAAAAACCCUGAAAUUGUAAUAAAAGGCAAGUGCAGGAGGUAUGGAUUGUUUGAGACAAACCAUUCUGUGCUUUCUUUUGAGAAGUCUGACACCCUUUCACAAACAAACACGUAGUUCAGAAUGAGUUAACCUCCUCCCUCCAUGGCAGCAAUAGAAUUAUUUUGUCUUCUGUUAUAUUAUUUGCAUAUGCAAUUUUCAGUCAAAGGAAGACUGUACAGAGUAGCUCAAAUAGCUUCACAGGGCUGCAAAAACACUCUUGCAACUCUGGGGUGCUAGCAGCUGCAUCCAUAUCUCAUGCUGACUGUCAAUCCCUGUUGAGACAUCCUGGUACAAGGAGGAGUGGCAGAAUAUGAGGUGCUUCAUAUGGAGCUCUGACUGUUUAUCCAAAGACUGCUUCCUACAGCAAGUAUGUCACAUGGAAAUAAAUUGCUAUGCAACUGGAAAUGCUUAGUGAUGAUAUUUUUUAAAUCAACUAAUGUAUUAUCUGUCUUGAAUUUUUACAGAUCAUGAUAACAUAUAUCGGAGCCUUCUGUCAUUUGAUAAGAUACUCUUAAUCUGGCAUUAAGUGUGAUUGAGUGAAAUCUUUGACUGCAGACUACUUUGUAAUAAUUUACCAUGUAAUGAUACGAAAACCUUGAGAUUAUUCUAAUUAAAUUCUGAAGAUGGUAUAAA